CACUUUGAAAAAAAUUACAAAGAGUUCUUCUCCUCUCAGUUUCCACCAUCAUUCAUUCGUCAAAGAUGAAGGAACAAACAGCGAGAAAGAUACCACGACCUCGCCCUCUGGAGACCUGCGGUGCUACCAUACUCUCCAUGUCACGCGUCGUCUACGCAAGAACCAAGUCUCCUAACAAUCCAGCCUCUUUCCUUGUGCAGAAACUCUUCCAACUCCUUUCCUUCUUCGCGUCCAUGACAAGUCCCAUCCACCGCCACAUCCUCGCGAUCCUCUCCGUAGCCGACGACCACAUCCUCGCAAUCGAGGCUUACUUCCCUUCGACCACCUUCCUCUUCAGCAAGGUCUCCGGUUGGCUAAACGCAGCAGAGCAUCUUCCUAUGAAACUCGACGUGUUUCUUGAGAAACUCCCAAGAACGAUGAACAGAGCCGCGUGGGUGGACAUGAUCCUCGUUCAAGCGCUUUGUUGGGUUGAUUCUCUCGUGAAUGUCUUAGGCCAUUGGAGAGACAAGAACAGGGGGACGAACGAGAAAGAGAUCACGAUGGAUGGCAGUUUCAGCAGAACGGGAUCAAUGUCUGAAGAAGAGAUGAAACUGGGGAAUGAUGGGAAGAGAGUGAGUUACAAGGAGGCGUUACAGAGAGGAAGCAGCGGUGAAGAUGGUGGAGGAAGCACCGGUCGCAGCAGCAGCAGCAACCAUGGUGAUCCUAUCUUGGAUCUGUUUGAGAAUGGUUGGAUCCAGAAGCCCAUGAAAAGAAGUAGCAGAAGCGCUGAUUCGCUCACAUGCUCUCGUUCUGAUUCCUUCGAGACCAGCACCUGAGAGGUCUUUUAACUCUCAAUUUCUUGUAGCUCUCUAUAUACGACGGAUAUGGUUCCACAACAACAACACUAACACAAACUAGUAGACUAUGUUAUCCAA